UGACAGGCUCAGAUGUGUCAAAACAAUUUUGAUUUUAACGUCUUUCGUGUUUGAAACUCCUUAUAAAGACUGAUAAUAUUUUCAAAAUAAAAAGCAUAGGAUUGCUACAUAUUGUUAGUAUAUGAUGGCAGACGUGGAUGAAAUAAUCGAUUACAUAAAAUCUCUGAAGAAAGGGUUCGAUAAAGAUUUAUUUCAGCGUAAAAUUGAUGAAUUGGCUUACACUGUUGAUACUGCUGGUUUACAAUACAACGAUUUCCACACAUUGUUUAAAGUUUGGCUGAAUUUAUCUAUUCCGAUAACGAAAUGGGUGAGUUUGGGUUCUUGUUUGGUGCCGCAAGACAUAGUUGAAGACCGCACUGUGGAAUAUGCACUGAGUUGGAUCCUCUCCAACUAUGAAGAUCAAUCGACUUUCUCCAGAAUAGGCUUCCUUCUUGACUGGCUUACUGCGGCCAUGGAAUGUGACUGUAUUGACAUGGAUACACUAGACACAGGAUAUGAUGUGUUCUAUGUUAGCUUGACCUAUGAACUGUUGACACCCCACGCAAUGAAACUUGUAUACAGACUGACUAAGCCAAUAGAUGUGACCAGAAGACGAGUUACUGAACUACUUGAUUAUGCUAAAAAGAGAGAGGCUAAAAAGAAUAUGUACAGACAACUGCAAGUACUCCUCGGCUUGUUCAAGUCAUACAAGCCAGAGUGUGUGCCAGAAGAUGUGCCGGCAAUAUCUAUCCACACAGCCUUCAAGAAAAUAAAUAACAACCUCCUUGAAAGGUUUAAAAGAAAUCAGGAACACAGAAACAUCUUGCGCAAAGAAAGACAUCAUUUGUUAUGGAUCAAUCCUAUCAAUUCUGAGCGAGGUAGAAACAAAAAAGCGGAUCCUCUGGUACCAAACAUGGAGUUCUUCAGUAUUGGUUCCAAACAGUAUGCUGAGAAGGAGCCUCAGAAGAACUACCUUGACUUCACUGACCCGGUGUCGGUGUUGCAGUGCGCGGCAGUGGCGCGGCCGGCGCGGCUGCGCGCGCUGCUGUGCAACGCCACGGGGCUGGCGCUGCUGGCCGCCGCCACGCACCACCAGCAGGCCUUCCUGGCACACGACCUGCACCAUCUGCUCAAUAGCUGCUUCCUAGACGUGUCGCCUCACAGUUACCUGGAGAAGCAGGACCUGCUGCACCGGCUGGCGGUGCUACAACACACGCUCAUGCAGGGAGUGCCCGUCAUCACCAGGUUCCUGGCGCAGUACCUGCCUCUGUGGAAUGAGAAGGAUUACUUUGCUGAGAUCCUAGAGCUAGUCCAGUGGGUGAGCGUGGACAGUCCGGAGCAGGUGUUGUGCGUGUUGUGGCCGCUGUCGCGCCUGUACCACCGCGCGCAGCCCGCCGAGCAGUGCGCCAUACUGCGGACUCUCACCUACAUGUACUGCAAUCUGGUAUUUGCUAGCACUAGACCCCGCCUGCACUUCCUGGGCAGUGCGCCGACAGCGGGGAGCUACUCGCAGCUGCUGCCGCAGGUGGCCGCCGCCAUCAGCCACAUGUGCAACAAGGAGCUGCAAGUUAACCCCGAUGACAUGCUGGUCCUGCAGAGCUGUGUCCGCAGCCUGGCGUGCAGGGCGCGCGGCGCGAGCGGGCCCGCUCCCCCGCCCGCGCGCGUGGCCGCGCCCCGCCCGGCGCCCGCGCGCGUGGCCGCGCCCUGCCUGCCGCCGCGCGCGCCGCCGCUGGCGCUGGCGCUGCCGCUGCUGCAGCCCUCCGCCGCGCUGCUGGACUGCGUGGCCGGACUCAUGAUACAGUACAAGAAAAUAUUCACAGCAUUGAAGACAGCUAACAAAAUAGAUAAGAACGACAGUGAGUUUUCGAAUCAAAUGCAAAUCCUUCAAGCGUACACUUCGGAUCUGAUCAACUGUUUGUACAGUGAAGAAGUUUUGAGCGCCCGCAAUUUGGGCUUCGUAUUUGAGAAAUUAGACCCUCAAGUUGUCAGCAAACUGUCGUCAUUGAUGCCGGAUGUUGAUUCGAAAUUGAGUAUAAGGAACAGUUUAGCAUUCGCUCCCUACACUUACAUACAACUAGAGGCUAUAGACCACAGGGACGCAGACAAUAAACUAUGGUUUAACGCAGUCAUAGACCAAGAGUUUACGAACCUCAGCCGAUUCCUCAAGAAAGCAGUGACUGACUUGCGCUAUCAGUAAUAUUAGUUUAUAAUUAAAGGUAAAUCAUGUUUUUAAUGAGGCAAAAGUGCCUUAUUGUGUAUAGAUUAUGUAUGUAAGCCAAUUGAAAUGUUUUUUCUACCUCAAUAAGAUAAUACUGAAGUCGACUCCGCGGUAGAAAAUUAAAAAUUGUGUCCUAUGUGUAGAGUUUGACAAAUGUCUAUCUAUUUGCAAGAAAUAAUUUAUUUUGUCGAUAAUUAUGACAGUUCCAAAUUAUGCUACUAAAAACUGCCCACUCAAAUGCCUAUCAUGGGUAAUUAUUGAUAUAAAACAUCGAUAAAAUGUUAACUGAGAAAUAUAUUUCGAAUAAUUUUACUAAUUUUAUAAGCAACUAUAAUGUAUGUUCUUAAUGUAAGAAAUUGUGUCAAUGAUAUUGUACUGUGUUAACUGUACAGCGAUUGUGUUAUUUUACGAAUAUGGUUAAUUAAUUGAUCUGAUUAUGACAACCCACCAUUUUUCUUAUUUUAAUAAAAAAUAUGUGGAAAG